AUGGAACCAGUCGGAUUGGCCGUUGGAAUUAUAGGACUGGCGGGGCUCUUCAGCUCUUGCUUGGAUGUCCUGGAAAGGUUCGACUCUUGGAAGGACUUCAGCAACGAGUCGCGCGCACUAGCAGCUCGAUUUGAGGCCGAUAAGCUUCGUUUUGAAAAAUGGGGCCAGGCAGUGGGAGUUGGCCAAAAAGAUUUGUUAGAUUACCAUCACGAGACUCUCAAUGAUCCACGAACCUUGGCAACGGUCGAAGGACUUUUGUCGGUAAUACGUGACAUUGGAAGUGAAUCGGAAAUCAGGUUCCCGUCCACAUUUUUAGGGCCUGAUGCCCGGCCUGCAAAAAGUGGAAUCUCCUUCAAAGUCAAUGUCCAUCCAACUGAAUCAACGAGACGGAGGCUUGGGUGGGCAAUGAGAGACAAGGCAAAACGCAUAGCCCAGGUCGAACAAUUUGGCCAGCUAGUGGAUCGACUGUAUAUAUUGGUUCCAUUGACUGGACCUAGCAGUUGUGGAAAUACCUUUGGUGAUACAGAUGGGAAGAGAUUGAAGGUUGGUCCCAUGGCACUUCCAGGUCUUGGCCUUUGUCUAAUUAGCGAAGCCGAAACAAGACGGGACGUGGAAAAAUGGCUGAUGGGCCGCCACUCUCCGAAUGAACUCUUUGGUGAUUUUACCGAGAAAAGAUUGGACGGCACCUGCGACUGGAUUCUGACCGAAGAAUCAUUUAUCAACUGGUCUUCAUCCGACUUUUCUGCUGUAGGUGCAGCAAAGCUUCUGUGGAUCAAUGGGCCUGCAGGGUUCGGAAAGUCUACCCUCUGUGCCAGACUGAUCAAGCAUCUCUCCGACACAAUCGAAGAGCCUACUGCUCAUUUCUUCUUUUCCUCCGAUUUUGAGACUCGGGCUGAUCCCUUUGUGGCGAUACGGUCAUGGAUCUCCCAAAUGGCAUCUCACCCAACCGCGUUUAGGCUAAUCCAUGAAAGAUGGACAAGGCAAUGCAGCCAAACAGCAACUCGUGCAGAUAUCAUCAAGCUUCUCCAAGAAAUUUCUCAAGCUAUCCAUGGAUGUACAUUUGCUCUGGAUGGCUUAGAUGAAUGUACUUGGACAGGAGGAGAAGACGAUUCGGUCACUGUGUUUCUGGAGACAAUCACGAGGGCGACCAAGGGCACAGCCACCCGAAUCCUGGUCGUUAGUCGCAACGAACCUGAAAUCAGACAUGGCCUCACCAGCCCUAUCGAUGGGACUAACAUGUUUGAACAUAAGAUCUCUCUUGAAGAUGUCAGCUCGGAUAUAGAGUUGUAUUCAAUGAGCAUCGUGGAAAAACGACUUCCUCACAAGACCGAAGCGACGAAGUCCGAUAUUUCGCAGAAAAUGGCCGCUGGAUGCAAUGGACAAUUUCUCUGGCUUAAGAUGCAGGAAGGUUCUCUCCGCAGUUGGAAAAACCAAAAGCAGUUGGAGGAUGCAAUCGACAAGACUCCAGCCGGACUGGAACACCUAUACGAACGGAAUUGGAUGAGGAUGGCAAGAUUCCCCGAAAGAGAACGAGCUCGGGCCUUUGCCUUGUUGCGUUGGACGGCAUUUGCUUUUCGACCACUGACUAUCCGAGAGCUCACAGAAGCCCUGCUUAUCGAUGAAAGGAAAAAUGAACUGCUACUCGAUGAGAUGCCAGAUACCAUUGAUAAAGAUUAUAUUGAUAGUGAGAUGGUCAAUCUCUGUGGAUCUCUCCUUGAAAUUCGAACCUCCCAAUCUGAACUGCAUAUUGGAUUGAAGACCGUACAUCUUGCACAUUUUUCAGUGAAGGAGUACCUUCUACGCAACAUGCCCCUCGAUUUGACCAUUCCAACCUUCCAAUCAUCUACCGAGUCAAUCCAAAGUAUCUUUUUCUCCAGGAUGUGCCUAUGCUAUGUGAAUAUCCCAAAGGUCUGGUCGAGCAGUUCUCCUCUGCACGAUGAUCAGAUCUUUGGGUCAUUCCUAGAUUAUGCAGCUGGCCAUUGGUAUGAAUACUCCGCAGUGAACGAUCUGAAUGACAGCAAAACGGUGGAACAGAUAAAUGCAUUUUUUAAUUCAAGCAAUCCAACAUGGGAUUAUUGGAGACACUGGAUGGACGAAAAUGAUAAAACCUUGAAGAUAAUGAAUGUGGGAAGCAGAAACAUGUCAGAAAGUCCUUUAUUCUAUGCAGUGUUGGUUCGCCUGCCAGAGACGGUGCGGUACCUGAUAGAGAAAAAAGGGUUCACACCCAACGAGCAGGUCUUCUUGGGUUGGACAGUUCUGACAGUCGCGUGUUACCGAGGUGAUUUGAAGACAACCCAGGUUCUUCUUGACGCAGGAGCCAAUGUCAUGACCGUCGAUGAUGAUGGAUGGACGCCACUCCACUUUACUUCAGCAGCCGGAUAUGCCGAUUUAACCAAAUUGCUUCUUACAGCGGGUGCAUAUGCCACUACGUCAGCUAAAGGAGGAUGGACACCACUCAGACUAGCGUCCUAUAACGGCAAUCAUGAGAUAGUUCAGCUACUACUGGGUUGGAACGCAAAUCAAAAAGCGGCAACACAAGAUGGGUGGACACCUUUGCAUACGGUCUCAGACAACGGCCAUUCUGAGAUUGUCACAGCCACUCCUAAAGUCCCUGAGCCUCCAUCGCAAUGCCAAUGCCCCUGCCUCACUAUGCCAAGUGUGGAGUAUAAAGCCCAUGCCAGUGCCCACAUAUCACCCAACGAACGCGUGGAAAUGACAUUCAGGAUGUCCCCCGCAAGCUGGGGAUUCAGUCAUCUUCCCCACUCUCGAGUGCAGGUAUUCGUCAAGCUCUUCAAGCUCCACUCAUCAAUAUCUAAGUCAAGCACAAAGAAGAAGCAGAGAAAUCGCUCUAUUACAUCCGAAACCAAUUCAGAAGCCGACGCCGAGUCUGAUACCGACUCGGGCCAUAAGCUCUCUCCUAUAUCACCCUCCGGUUCUGAGCUUGCUCCAGUCCUAUCAUGGACCGAGGAUAUUCAAGACUGGUCAUUCGAGUUUGAUCUGAAGUGGGCUUUGUCAAAGCUAGCCCAGUGGACCUGCGGCGUAACUGCCGAUACGUGCUCAAAAAUGUUCCUGUCUGACCCCGGCCACAUACUAGAUUUGAUCUCGAUGUAUAUUAUGUACAAGUUCAAAAUAUGCUGGUGGUUGCUGGGCCGCGAUGGGCUCAGUCUGUUUCUGAGCAUCUAA